GGGAACUGAAAGUGAGGCGAACACUGUGAGUAGGCGCGGCGAGAGGAGGGAUCGGUCGGGAAGAGUUUGGAAAGUGAAAAGGAGAAGGCGGAGCCUGGCGCUGAGGGGAUGGACUUUGUACGGGGAGAACGAGCCCGGGGCGUGUCCGUAGGGUGAGAAUGAGAAGAGCGGCCGGGGGAGAACAGAUUAAAGGAGCAGAAGCCACUGGAUCCCCAGGAGAUUCCCAAUAACAGAUCAGAACAAUCACUUCUUGUUACUCCCAGACACUUACAGCACCCAGGUCCCAACCCGGAGUCACAUGGCGUCUGGGUGCAGCGAGCUGGAAUCGGCCAUCGAGGUGCUGGUGCGUAAUUUCUACGUGUAUGCGGAGAAGAAGGGCAAGCAGGACAAGAUGAACAAGAAGGAAUUCCGCAAGAUGGUGACACAGGAGCUGCAGCACGUCCUGACGAACACACAGAACAAGGAGGCGGCUAACAAACUCAUCCAAUCCCUGGAUACAGAUGAAGAUGGGAAGAUCAGUUUUGAUGAGUACUGGACUCUGAUUGGAGAGAUUGCUAAGAAGCUGAGCAUGCAGAUGGCCAUGCAGUGCCAGGAGAGGCCCUAGAGACUGGGUGCAUCUUAAUCACCCUCACUGGCACCCAUGGGUGGCAUUACACUAUAUAGCCUCUAGGCACUGAGAUAGGUGAGUUAUCAGCUGUGAGUGGCACCACCUAUGGGUGCCAACUUAGGAACAAAGACUUGUGUUCUUCUGAGAACCCCUCAAUCCCUUCUUGUAUGAACCCACCCAUAUUAUCUGAGCCAAGGAACAAAUGCGAGUAACUACCUCUCUCUCCAUCAGCCCCACCUACAACUGAGGGUCACAUCUCAAUCACCUCUUGUCAUUGGCCUUGGGGUUACUCUGCACCCCCAGAGGGCACGGGAUUUUAUACCCAACAAUCUGCUGGAAAUGCAUCAACAACUCUCUGCCCAACAGCCGCUUCACAAUGUGUGUAUCUGUGUGUCAUUUGUGUUCCUGAGCAGUAAAUUGUGCUGAUCAAAGUCA